AUGAGUGCUGAACAUUAUGACUCUGAUGACGACGGCAGUCUACAAGAGCUACUUGAGCAACCUGCUCAAGUUAAUGUUGAAGGUCGCACACAUGAACUACGUCAGGCCACACCAAGCGAACAGCAGCAGGUUGCUCCGGCCACUCCAAGUGGACCGCAGCAGGCCGCUUUGGCCACUCCAAGUGAACUGCAGGCAGCAGGCUCUCCAGCUGCACAAGUUCUGCAGACACCUAGAGAGAUUCGUCGUCAGCGAGAAAUCGCUUGUGUCAAGCUGCGGCAGCACAAAGUUGCAGUUAUGCACUUCACUGGCGAAGAUGCAUGGGAAGACAGCGACUGCGCCAACACCAUCUUUGUGUCUCGGUUUACUGAAGUCGAAGAUGCUUUCCGUUCUGGAACAACUCUUUCUUUUCGUGAGAAAAUUGCAUGGUCACUUGUUGUCUGCUUCAACACGGAGUCUCGUGCUGAAGGCGAUUGA